AUGAGUGGUCAACGCAAGACAAGUGGCCGACGCACGACGAGUGGCAUACCAAAGGUUGGGGCGCGAGGCAAUGUUCUUUUCCAUCUUGAACCCGUUAACAGGAGGACAGAAAGACUUUUCAAAGACGCCGAUAACAGUCCCCUCCAGGCCAUCGAUGAGUACGGGACGGUCGUUCUUGAAAUCGGCCAUGCAACGUCUGUAUGGGGCUUGAAGACACUUGCGUGCAUUGGACGGCAUCGUCUCGAUGUCUGCUUGUACGACCCGUCAAUUUCCGCCUUCCAAUGUUUCUUCGAGAUUAACCGAGAUACAGGGGUCAUUAUGUUCAAUGACAUUUCAGUUCGGGGCACCAGUCGUUUUAUCGGAUCCAAUGCAACCGAAUUUCCACCCAACUUGCCGCGCCGCUUGGUUAUUCUACCACGUGUCAAUACCCAAAUACAGCUGGGCCACGAAGGCAUCAUCCAGUUUAACAUUAUUUGGAAUGACAGACAUCCCCGAGGUGCAAUUGCCGCUGCCAAAGCUCUUCCCCUACCCCAUGGCAUUACUGACAACCAAGAAAUAGGAGUGCGUGGUGCUGGCAUCACGCCCAGGCUCGCCCGUCCAGAAACAAAAUCACCUUCCAUUUGGAACGCUAACAUCAAAUGGGCCAAACUUGACGACCUUGGUGCCGGCGGGUUCGGAAUGAAGUCUAUGAAAAGGGAGGUUAAAGCUCUCUCAAAGAUUCACCAUCCCCGUAUUGUAGAGUUUUACGGCUCCAGUGGUCGGGACACUGGGUCAAUCAAGAUGUUCAUGGGCUUGAGAGACGGCUCACUCGCUGGUUUUCUCAAGAAGUACCCCGGAACAUCACGUAUUGACCUCGCUCGGAGGGUCCUGCGCCAGAUGCUCGAAGCCCUUGCUUGCGUCGCCUCUCACAAUAUGAUCCAUCAUGAUGUGAAACCCGGCAACAUCCUCUACUCCAUGGCCAGCAGCCUCGAAUCACCCGACUUCUUUCUUUGCGACUUCGGCCAGGCCUACAAGGGCGGUGUGGAUAAAGAAUGCGGUGGCACUCGGCUCUUUAGACCACCCGAAAUCUUUCAGAGACGUCCCAACACGCCCAAGGUCGAUAUAUGGGCCCUUUUCGUAACCAUGCUGGAGAUCUUGGAUGAGAAGGACUGGCGAAGGCGAUCCAGGAAGUGCGACGCAUCAGCCAACAGCAAGUUCCAUCCGAUCGAGCUUGUUGAAGAAUUUGCGGAGGAUGAGGAGACCGAGGCCUACAGCUUUCGCAAGAUGGCACGAAUCGACCCCGACCGGCGCUACUCGGCUGAGGUAUGCUUGAAAAAAUACUUCGGGGCCAGACCAACUUAG